AUGGAGGAGUUCAAUGUCUAUGACCGCCGCAUGCUGGCCAGCAUCUUAACCACCCUGGCACCCUACUUCGACAACGACGAGCGCAUGCGGAUGCUGCAGCAGUUCCGUAUUUCUACACAUUCCAUCUCCACCUACCAGAGUGAGACGAACAGCGAGCGGAGCAGCCGCAGCAAUCGGAGUAUCCGUUCCACAAACCGAUCGACGAUUGGAGCAAUCGAGGAAGCUCCGAAGCCAGGGGAAGAGGGGCAGCAGAUACACUCGGACGGCGUGGAAACCAGCAUACGAUCGACAGGAAGAUCCACAAGGCUUCCAUCUGAUGAGAUUACCAAGCCUUGGUUUAUGGAUGAAGCCACGGCGGCCGCGGCACACAGAGAGGAGAGGAUGGCUCGAAUUGAGGCAGAGAAUGAAGCCCAGUUUCAAGAGGCUUUCAUCACUUCCAUGUGA